CCAGGCGCUGGGUUAUAAAAAGCCGGGCCAAGCCGCGCUCCAGACCGGGGAUCCGGCGCCCGUCAUGGCCUCGGGCGCGCAGCUCCCGCUGCAGCCGGCGGCCUCGGAUGAGGUCAGAUCCGACCCGCGUCCGGGCGGGCGUCCUGGCGAGUGUAUGGAGGAAAUGGCCCUGAGCCUCCUUCUCCCAUCGCCUCCGUGGAACGUUUCUCUCCCCCCGGCGACCCAGAGAAGGUUCCCGGAGGCGUGCCAGCCCGGAGCGGCCCGACUUCCCGAGCCGUCCGAGAGAAGAUCCCAGCGGCUGGCAGCGCGGACGCCACGAGCUGCAGGCCCCGCCACCGACGCCACUCGCGCUCCGCCGCCACCGCCCUUCGGGCCAGAGCGCCGGCCGGUGCCGUGUGACUUGGAGGGCCUCCUGGACGAGCGCCGGCUGGCCGCCCACCUGAACAUGGCCCUGAGCCGCGAGGCGCGCCUGUGGCGGGCCGGCCGCCCCCAGCAGGUGGAGUUCGUUGACACUUUCCAGGAAGUCGUGUUGCAGCUCCUGUGGCUGGAGAACAUCUUUCACUUCUCCCAGGGCACUUUUAGCCUGGCUCUCACUAUCUUCCGCCGCCUCCUGGUUUCCGUCAAGGUAAAAGAGAGGUUAUUCCAUUGUGUCACAAUUACUUCCUUGAGGCUUGCUGCAAAGAUUAACGAAGAAGAGGAGUUAAUUCCACGCAUAAAAGACUUCAUAAAGCACUAUGGCUCUGGCUAUACCUCGAAUGAGUUGCUGAGGAUGGAGCUGGCUAUUUUGGACAAACUGCACUGGGACCUCUAUAUUGGGACACCGCUGGACUUCUUGGCCAUAGUCAGUGUUGAGCAGAUGGUCCGUUGCAGGAAACUGGUAAAGCAGCAGCUGAGAAGUUUGUAGUCCUCCUCCCACACAGACAACUUUCUCUCUCAUGUGCCAGCUUGCGCCCCAGCCCAGUGUCCUUCAGAACAUAAUGGCAACCUCUCCUUGCUUGGCCGCCUCUAAAUGCUAAGCUUUAUGGGUCCUGUAACAAGAAAGGAAGAAGGCCCUGGAAGAACAACUGAGAAAAUGUUCCUGGGUCCUUAGAAGAAAAUAAGAGGGAAAAGGGAGGUCGGGAUCAUGCGGUAAGGGUAGUCUGAUCACGACCUGCUUCCUUCUUGCCCUUGGGCCUGACCCAAUGAGAAUGAAUGCUCUUACUGCAGCUUGGUUUUCCUUCCUUCUCCAUCAAGGGCUGGUAUCGGCCCCCAAGAGAGCUGGAGUAUGAAGCCAGAGGUGGGUCUUGCUCAGGGCUGAAGGGCCAAGUUGGUUCUGACUGACCAGUUCUCGCUGCUCCACUCAGCAGAACUGGCCAAGUCCCUUCAGCUUCCCAGGCUUAUACCAAGCACAUGCGCAGUGUUUCCAGUGCCCUCCAUCCUGCCUGCCACUAGAAAAAUAGGACAGUAUCUCCCCCGAAUGCCUUGACCUUGAUUUGGCCAUGACUUAUGUCUUCUCUUUACAAGGGCUGCAUUAUGAAGUAUGCUUUGUUUAAUGUGCAAUAACUUGACCAAAGUUUAAGAAUAUUUUUCCUUUGUUACUCUCAAGCAAAGUAUUGGGUUGUCAGAAAAGUCAUGAUGUAUUUUUUCUGGUUUUCGUUGCAAAAAUGUGUCAUGACUUUUCCGACAACCCAAUAGUUGACUGGCUUAACUAGAGGAAUUUUUAUGCUGAAGAAUAUGAGGUGUGACCCCUGUGACAGGGAGGCGCAGCUCUGAGAGCAACUUGAGAUGAGCAGUUCUGGGGCCAAGCCUGCUCCAGCCACUGUGUUGCCAGGACAAGGACGCUGUUAGCAUGGCUGUGAGGGAGAAGCCAGCUGCCCCUCUGGAGCUGACACUACAGAGCCAUUCUUUAAGCAGUGGAGUCCAGCUGGCAGCUGGAGCUGUGUAAGUAGUGUUGGGGAUGUGAAUGACUGAGCCACACAUUUAGAGGUGAUUUGUGAAGUCUUUCCACUGUGAACAGUCUUUUGUAAAUGUGCUAAAACCAUGGGGAGUAUAAUCUACUACUAGGUGCGAAGUGGUCAAGGCUUGGACAUACUAUAAGUGUCUGCACUAUAGUCAGUACCAAUCUCUUCCUGUCCGUGAAACAAAUUUGCCUGUUGGAGCUUUUGCAAAAAUAAACUUUAACUCCUUGCAGCCCUGUCUAAAUGUUAUUUUACGUGUAUUGGGUACCAUGCCUUUAGACUUGCUCAAAUUGGAUAAGGGCAGUUGGAAUACCAUUUCCUAGGUCCGAUCAGUAACUGUCCUCUAGUCCAGCACGGAUGGAGCUGCUGAGAGGCAGCCUGUAGUUCAUGGCCACGGCUUUCACUGUGGCUCUGACUGCCCUCUGCCUCCUUCCUUCCACUGGGAGUAGGCGCUGCAGUGGGUGGGGUGGCAGCUCAUCCUAAGGGAACUGCCAGGACCUAGAGGGACCUCUUAAACAAGUAGCUCUGGAUGUAAGCUGGGUCCUCAGAGCUAAUCCAUCUGUUUUUUGGAGAAAGAGAAGGUAGACCUGUGAGCCCCAGUAUUGGGGUAAGGGCCAGCCUUGUUGCUCUGUCUUUCUGUAAAUAAUAUUCCUCUUCUUUGGGGAUGCAAACUUCUGUGUUGCCAAAGUACCACUUGUAAAUUAAAGUUUUUAUGCUGUUCAAGCUUGCGUUUGGGUCCUAGGCCCCAUCCUACUCUCCUCUAGCAUUUUUUUUUCCUCUCUGAGAUUAGGAGCUCAUAUCCUACCUCCGUGGUGGGAGAAAUAUGGACACAGUCCAUCUUCCUUCAUCCCCACCUAUAGAAGGACAGGGAUUGUGAAGGACUGUGGCUGCAGAAAAUGGAGAUGGGAGGAGGCCCAGAUGGGCUAAGGGAAGUGCAGGGCAGGUAAGCAUCAUGCAGCUUUCUUAAACUUGUCCAAAUAGUACUUCCCCCAAAUGGGAGCCAAGUUGUACAACGUUGUUCCCUCCACCAACAAGCUCUUCUCCCCCUGGCUUCCUAGACACUCUCUGUCCUUCAUAGUUUGGGGAAGUCUUUGCCUCCCCAGGGCAUAGUGAGUUGUGCCUGCAUUAGGGAGGUCUGCAGACCAAUCUUCCUACUGGGCUGUCAGCUCCCCGACUUUAGUCCCAGGCUCCCCAUUUUGGUCUUCCCUGAGUUUAGCCUAGUGCCCAAUAGAGAAAGCUCAACAAAUGGAUCUGUCAGCUUGUCAUCACUUCCUUCAACCACCAGUCUGACCUUCCUCAACCAAAUAUCUGCCUACCUGUCUGGGCAUCCCACCUCUACAAAACCAUCUCAGGUCCACCAACUCACACUGUCAGACUGCACACUUUAUUACUGGUUGCAUUCCCACUGUUCUUCCAUCAUCCCAUCAGGUUGCAAAAGAGCAUCUAUAACUCAUGAAUUAAGGGUACAGGUUACCAAUAAUCAAAUCCCAGUUCCUCCAGUUAUUAGCUGUGUGACCUUGGGUAACUACUUAACCUCUCUGUGCCUUAGCCAUAAAAUGGGGGGAAAUGGCACUAAUCACAGGAUUAUUACAAGGAUUAGAGGGAUUAAUGCAUGUAAUGUACUUUAGAGCAAUGCCUAGCACACAAUAAGAACUCUAAUGUUAGUUGUGCCAAGUCAAGCCUCCUCCACAAGGGUGUAAACCCUUCAAGGGCAGGGUUUGCCUUCUCUCAUGUCUUUCACCCAGUUGCCCAAUAACGAUCCAGCAGGCCACAGGCUGUAUCUUCUCUCUCCUAUGACUCUUUCCUCCAUCCCACACCCAUUCAAAACCCUUUCACAGACGCCCACAGCAUGAUUCACUAUUAAAACAUAAUUCCUAUCAGAAGCUGAUCAACUCCACAAAGUUCACAGAAAAGACAAGCUGUAUUUUAUCACAGUUGUAGCAGAUGAAUAGGCUAGGAAACUUGUUAAAUCAGAAAAGCUACUACCCAAAAAAGACACCACAAAAACUCAAAAUAAAUGCAAAAUUUAAUGGGGGGGAAAAAAAGUACAAAGUGAAUGGAAAGGAACAAAAACAGUCGAUGAAUGAAGGAGUAAAUGAAUUAACAAGUGAAGCAGUUUUAGAAAAGCAUGUUAAUGUAACAGACUAGCAAGCCACACUUCCCUCGGGGGCCUCUUAUCCAGUAGCAGGAGCCCCACUUACCAGGGAACCCACACAUAGACAUACAAACAUCUAGGCAGUCAGUCCGCACCAUUAUCAACCACCCAGGCUCUGGUUACCCAUAACUGGGGUGACCAUACCUCCCACUUUGCCUGAGUCAGCUCUGGCUUAUGCUGUUGAGCCGGAAUAAUCAACAGCAUCUCCUUUCACUUUCAAAAGUCUCAGUUUGGACAAUAAAUUAUAUGGCAAUUCCACCCAAAAGCAACUUGGUUCAUGAAAGACAUGAUAGUAAAUGCCAGCAUGCUCCCACUACCAGCCCUAAUAAUGCCAACAGAUGAUAUUGAGAAAGAAAAGGAGGGGUAAACCAGACCCCGCAGCCAGGGGUAACAUUUCUAAAUGUUCGCUUAGGGGUAGCUUGCUAAAUAGCAACUUUUAAGCUCACUUUGUGCACCAAGGAUUAAUUUGGUCUCAGCUAAAGAUGACAAAAUUCCAAACAAAAACAGCAUGGGGAGAGAAGUGCAGCGAGAUUCAUUAAAGCUGAUGGGACCUGUGGAGGCAGCUCAGACCCCACCCCAGAAAACACAACGACAGGUCCCCUCAGAGAUCUCCUGCAGGCAGUUCCGGCUUUCCACUGUGCCCUGUGGGCAGCCUGCAGGGUACAGUGGGUGGGUGGCAGAAUCUGCCCACUUGAGACCCCAGAUUGGCACUGAACCAGCAGUCCUCAUUUCUUACAUAACCAGUGAGCCCACUGGGUCAUGGAGCCUUCAUCCUCAGAAACACCUUAGCCGACAGAGGCUAUCUUAGUCCUGCUUCUGCCCAACUUCAUCCACUUCAGGCAUAUAAUUACCCUACAGACAAUCCGCUCGCAGUUCACAUCUGCCUUAGAUGUGCUGAUUUACCUGCUUGGGUACCCACACUGAAGCACCAGUCCUCAGUCACAACAAAACCAGAGGUGGGUUGACUGGGAAGCUAACGAAGCUUAAUCCUCAAGGCCCCUUCCAAGGGCCCGUACCUCAUCGAGCAUUCAUGUUCUUUUUCGUGAAGGCUUCUCAAAUAGCUCAAGUUUCUACCCCUCAAAAUCCGGAUCCACCCGUGGUCAUGGCAUAACACUGGGGGAAUUGUCGCUUUGAGCAUCAAUAAAACCUGCUCUGUUCUUGGUGAACGGAGCCCCUCACAUGCAGCAAAGGCUGCCUUUUUCUGGCGGUGCCUCGGGGGACACGCGCAGCUCACCCUGCCACCCCUCUCUGAAAGGACCACCAUCUCAAGAGGGCAGGAGGAAGCCAGGACUUGGUCCUGCAAAUCAAUAAAGCAGGUGAUGGCAGGGGACAUGGAGGACAUGAAAAACAAAUUGCCAAUCCAAAAUCAAUCAGUGCAGCUUCCGAUGGCUUCCAGCCAGGGAGUGCGCUAAACUGAGCUCCUCCAGGGUACGGCUUUACGGUGGGAGCCUGUGCCCAGCACAGCGCUUCAUCACCAUUAGAGGACAUCCUUCCUUUCAUCUAUUCAUUUUCGUCUCCCAUUUUAUCAGGCCACAUUUUCAACCCCGGUCCCCACAAUGGCUUGCAAACCAACAGGAACAUAGGAGAAUCAAUGCUGCUAGUAGUUUCUUAAAACAUUUCUCCUAAAGAAUGCAGCUGAAGGGGAAAAUGUCCUUUGCUGGUAGAUUUUUCUUAAAUUGUCCACAUACACCAGACACCUUCAUCUUUUGCCCUGUAACUCAGCCAGGAAAAAGGAAACAAGGAUCUUGAGAUAAAAACCUCCUCCCGGCUGAGCACUCUGUGCAUUUGGCAAACAGGUUGGCAGGGUUGGUUUGGGGGUCUUAGCUGGAGUCAAACACUUAACGCACACACGUGGAGUUGGUCCCUGUUUAUAGGUAGCACCUCUGAGGCACACAGACAUGGGCUUUGGGCUGCUGUUCCAUUUACAUUCACAGUGAAAGCACUGGGCGUGGUCUUACUCCUGUUCCACUUUCAUCCGCAAAGAAAUUGCAAACAUUGUCAUGACAGGAUGUUUAUUACCCACCUCUCCCUAUAUGUUAUAGGGAUACUUUAUACAUAAGAAAGGUUUGGAGAUAUUUUUAGUUUUUAAAAAUCAGGGAGUCUGUGUUACUUAUGAAAAUAAUGGGAGAGAGGAUAUUAUUCGUCUUUAUGCUCGUGCCAAAA